AUGGAGAGCGAAGCUCUCCUCAGGACAUUUUCCGUCCCGACGAAGACAUCCAAGAUCAACUUCGUUUUGCCACGAAGUUGGCGGUUGGCACAGUGGCUGGGUUCCGGCGCUUAUGCAAAUGUUGCAGCGUUUCGGACUGACAUGGGCAAAGAGUAUGCUGUCAAGAAGGUCGAGCGUGUGUUCGACCAUCCGAUACUGGCGCUUCGAACUCUCCGCGAGGUGCGACUGCUUGCACACCUGCAGCACCCGAACCUGCUGCACUUGCACCAGCUGAUACUUAAUGGCUCCGACUUCAAGGAUGCCUACCUUUGCUUGGAGAGGAUGGAGGGCGACUUGCAUGUGCUGAUCCAUGAAUCCAAGAAUUAUCUGAGUGAUCACCAGGUGCAGUGCGUCCUUUAUCAAAUGCUUCGGGGACUGCUGUGCCUACGAUGUGCACACGUUAUCCAUAGGGACUUGAAACCUCGGAACGUGUUAGUACGCGCCGGCGGCCAGGUGAAGAUCGGUGAUCUCGGCAUGGCGCGAGGCAUCGACUCGGAGGAGGACGGCCAUGACGCAAUGAUGCUGACUGAGUACGUGGUGACGCGCCACUACCGGGCCCCGGAGGUGGUGCUGACGGCGUCCAGGUACACGUAUGCAGUGGACAUGUGGUCAGCAGGCUGUAUUCUCGGUGAGAUGCUCACGCGAAGGUGCAUUUUCGAAGGCAAAGACUCGUUAGAUCAAGUGAGGAAGAUUCUUGGCACCCUGGGUUUUCAAAAGCCCGAGGACUUCGAUUGGAUUCCAGACUGUAGCCCAGCCAAGAAGUUUGUACAGAUGUGCAACAAAUCUGCACAGGCCGGCAACGAGGGGAUUCGAGAGAUCGUUUCCAGCUCCGGCACGCAGCCUUCCAAUGCGCUGGCAGUUGACCUGAUGGUAGAAAUGCUCCGGCUGGAUCCAUCCAGGCGGUUGGCAGUGGACGAAGCUCUGGAACAUGGCUACCUGUCAGCCUUCAACGCUGCUGAAGACCAAGAUGUCGCUGAUGCGAGAGCCGUCUCUCAAAUGGAUUGGUCCUUCGACAAAGCUCUUUGUUUUGAUCGCACCGGGCAGCCGAAGUCCUUCGAGGUAAAUGCGUUCCGGCUUGCUUUUCACGAGGCCAAAGGCCAACUGCGAGGCAAUGUCCAGACGUCACCAGCGUGA